AUGUCUGAUCAAUUUUCACGACCCCCAAAUAUUAAGAAAGAAGACGAGCCACCAUCAACAAUUAGUCCUCUGGAUAUUCUAUAUACAACAAGUCCUAGAUCAAAGCUUCAGAAUGGGGAUGACUCCCAUGAUUUAUUUGGUGGUCCUUUAGAAAUCGGGCACAAUGCGAAUUCAUCGUCCUCUUUCAGUGGAUCAGAAGCUUAUCGAAAUUCCAGCUUUGUGUUCACCACACCCAAUACCAGCCCUAAAGCUUCCAUGCUAUUUCGUAUGCAGUCAAUGGAAGAUUCAGGGUAUACUUACAUUGUCUCGUCCUCACUGAAUUCUCAUCUUAGUUCUCCAAGUUCAUGUUCAAUGAAACCAUCGAUGUCCCGUCAGAAUUCUGUUGUUUUCGGUUCGCCAAUCUUAUUUAGUUCUCCUCCAUCUAGCAAGAGCUUAGGUUCCAACAGUAAACUACUUGAUUUAGUCCAGCAGACAGCUUCAUCACCUGGUACAGGAUGCUCAGACGAAUUUUCCUAUGUUCAAGCAUCCGCAGUCGAGUCGUCAAGAAGUUCUUCACUUAGUAGUACUUCCAAGAUGAAACGUCCUCAAACGUCCACAUCAUUUGAUCAAUCCCGUAGUGCUAUCAACAAUUGUAGCAAUAUUAACAUUAAUAAUAGCGACCGAGUUAGCAGCGAUGGAGUCGGUAUUGAUGGCGGCCAGAAAGACAAGAAUUCUCUUCAUUCUAAGUUAUCCAUCAAGCUUGAGGAGCUUGCUAGUAGCGAUUAUGAGCAAGCUGGUUCUCCAGAUUCAACACCAGAGGAAGAAGAAAAUGAACAAGAUGAAACCUAUUCUGAAGGGUCUUCUAGAAAUGCCAUCAAAUCAUCUAGUAGUAAUCGCCGCAAUUUGAAACGAGCAAGAGGUGAAGCGUUUCCAUCGUCUCGACGUAUUAUUACCAAACCUACAGAGUUUCAUAGAUGGACUGAGCAGGAUGAUAUGCUAAUCUCCUAUCUCAAGGAAGAGAAAGAGUUCUCUUGGAGAAGAAUCGCUGAGGCGAUUCAGGGACGGCACACUUGGCAGGCUAUUCAAAUGAGGUAUCUUCGAAGUUUGAAAAACAGAUAUGCACCAUUCACCGAAGAGGAAGAAGGGAAACUCGAAGAAGCCAUUCUAAACGAUUGGAGAGGACGCUGGAAGAGAGUCAGUUUUGAAAUGGGGCCCUCGUUCUCUGAAGAGCGUGUUAUUAGAAAGUGUAUGGAGAAUUUAGGCCAUGGAGAACUUCUUGACGCCGAUGUAUCCAGCGACUAUACAGUAGUAGUUACAUCUCAGGGCACAUUCCAUCUUCCACCAAAUGCUAAUAAGCUUUCUGAUAAAGUUAUUCAAUUUCUCCAGCAGCAUGAAGUUAAUGAAGAGCAUGAUAUAGUACUCAUGUACACAACUCCCUGUCUAGACUCCGAAAACUGA